AUGUUGAACUAUGAUCAGCAACAUGAAACAGCAAAUUUACCGCUCUCGUGGCCAUCCAGUGAUGUAUUUAAUGCCAAUAUUGACAUCAGUGGUUUCACCAACUGGGAUGUCAUGGAUUUGGCGCCAACUACCACCAGUCCCCCUAUUCAGGCAUCAACUCAUCGCAAUACUACGCCAAGAAGAUCAGAAUUGAUGGACGGGUUGGAUCCUAUAUCAGACACUAGAAUCACACACGACUGUGAGGCCCGAGCCAUUUCCAUUCUUAGUUCAAUGCAGCACGGGGAAAUGCGCCAAGGGCUGAUGUCCUGCUCCACGGACCCGGCACACGCUUAUGCAGACCUGGAUCUCACACCAAGCUUCGACCGCGUGCUUUCUAUUAAUAAAGCUGCUCUCAACAGUUGGAGCAAACUUAUGAAGUGUUCUUGCGCACAGUGUCCUCACUUAAUUCUCAUAUACGUGUCAAUACUGUCCAAGAUGUUAUUCUGGUACCGUAUAGCGGCGAUAGAGAAACGUCCCACGUUGGGAGGGGGUACAGAAAGCGACGAUAGUACCCAAAACAGUGAUAUUAAUAUAAUAACAAGGUCUUCUUCAAAAGAAGCACCAACUGUGGACAAGUUUAGUGUUCAUCCGACGACAAUACAGAUCGGAAUGCUCAGUUUAGAUGCCGAGGACGAGGCUAACUUGCGGCGUGCCCUUUUGCUUCGCGAGCUACACAGGACGGAACACGCAAUUCAUGAGUUCAUGAAUGUGGAUAGAAGGAACAUAGAGAAAAAUGCAGAUGAGGCCGUUCAGCGAACCGUGCAAUGGUCACUUGCCGGCAUUCCACAGCUUAUAGAAGAGCUACAGGACGUGAUCCAGACAGUCAAGCAAACUAAGUAG